AUGGAAGAUCGAGAUGGUAAAAAAGCAUUUACCAUACCGAAAACAUGUACAUCGAAUAAAGAUGUUUUAAUACCGGAAAAAACUGGUAGUCGUAAUGUAACGGAAUUAUUUGAUGAUAUUAAAUCGUGCGCACUGGAAGCACAUUUUGAUUUUCGAAAAAAUGCUUGUAAAUCAUGUGAAACAAUACGUAAUCAAAAGUUACAAAAACUAUAUAAUGAAAGAAAAAUUCAAAUGAAAAAAACUCAAGAUUCAACAGAACGUUUUGCUUUUCACUUAAUUACAUCUCGAGAUAGUGCAUUAAGUAUUGCGAAUGAUGGGCUCAUGUGUGAACAGUUAUCGUUUUCAAUCGAUCAAUAUCUUGGAAAUCCUAAAGAUGGUGUUCAUUUAUCAAGACGUCCAGACGUUCUUUUGGCAUCUACUGGUGCACAAGGACUGCAUAAAUUUGGAUUAUUAAUCUGUAAAAUAAUUUUGGGUAAAGGUUAUGCAACUAUACCUUCAGCAAAUAAUAAACAAUUCUCUGCACAAUUGCAUUAUGAUCAUCAUUUUUGUAAAAUUCAGCCGUCAAAUAGAGAACAACGUAAUAUCGAUAAUUUAUUAGCAAAGUCUUUAAUAUUCUGCUAUGAAUAUAAUGAUUUAGAAACAGUUUCCCAUCCAUCUCAAAUUUUACCUCUCGCAAUUUUAUGGUAUGAUCUUAAAGAAAAAUUCUCAUCUAAACUCGUAUCAACAUCUCAAGAAUCUCGAAAAAAUCAUGAAAAAAUGAACAACUCAAAAAAUCUGAAUAAAACCAAGCCACUACUAUCAAAACCCAUAUCUAAACCAAUGUCAUUAUUAAACACUGGUACUUGGGUCGAUCUUACAUCAGAUAUAACAAUAAGUCCAGAAAAAAAAAAGAUUCCGCCAACACAAACUAUGCCAAAUCAAUAUCCUACUCAACUUAUGUUAUCAUUUUCAUCAUUUAGUAAUCUACAGCAAAUAGCAAAUUAUCGAGAUCCUCGCUUAGCACGAACAGUCACAUCAUCUGAAACAAUACCAUUAUCACCACGAACUCCAAUUCAUGAAAAAUCGCAAUUGGAUAUAUCGUUAUCAACGAAACCAACAGUUCUUGCAAAAAGAAAUCCUCUAACAGUCAUUCCAUUGAAUUCAAAAACUAAGUUAAUCGAUCCACGUGUACAAAGUGAUAAAUCAAAGCAUCAUGUUUUUUAUCUCGAAUCACAAGCUGUCAAACAUGCACUACAGCAACAAAAACGUCUUAACAAUUAUCAUAAUUCUAAGAAUAAUACAAAACCAAAAACAAGUUACACACUUAUACCAUUUACUAUCAAUUCAAUAUCAUUAGAUGAAUAUGAAUCUAGUAAAAAAGUAUCAAAUCAAUCACUUCCUACAGAUCAUUCACCUUUAUGUAUAUCAGUGGUCGAUUAUUUUCAUUUUGGUUUAAAACCAAAAAAUAAUAAACUAUAUAUUGAUUUAGAAGAAAAUGAAAAUCGAUUUGCGUAUGAACAAAUUAAUAUAUCAAAUCACUUAAUUGAACGCCAAAAACAAUUAGGUUCUCAAGAAAUUCGUCUACAGCUACGAGAAAGAGGACAAAGAAAAAUGGAUCAAUUUUUUAAUCAACACAAUAAGUUUUAUUCAGCUAAUUCAAAGCUUUACGUUAAUGCUGGUCGAAAAUUCUUAAAAAACCAUGUAGCAAUAGCAUCAUCGUCAUCAGAUCAUAAAAUAUCAUCAGAAUUAUUAGAUUUUUUCUCCUAUGAAUAUCAAAGCGAAGAACGAUCUCAUGUAAAACAUCUUUUAGCUGAACUUAUUGGUGUUUUUGUUGAAAAAUAUGGUCUUGAAAAUAAACAAAUUAUAUCAAAACAUACUCAAGAUGAAGCUAUUGAAGGUGUCAUCAUGGAAGGUCAAACAAUCAAUGAUGUCAUUGACAUGGACUUAGCAUCUCCAUCUUCUCAAGGAUUAGGUGAUUAUGAUGAACGUUUUCGAGUACAAACACCGCCAUCAUCUAUCAACAAUCCCAUUUACAAUCAGCUGGCUACAUCUUUACCUUUGUCUCAAACAUUACCCGCAGAAGCGAAUAAAAUGUUUGAUGAACUAAAUAGUAAUAGUAUUGAAAUAGCUCAACCACUAAGAAUCGAUUUACCAUUGUCUUUAUCGAAGAAUUACGUCGAUCUCAUUGAUUUUAAACCAAAACUUGAAAAACUGGAAUUUUCAUCUAAUGAAAACAAUACUAUUGAAGAUAAUCAUCCAUUGCUGAUCAAUGCAAAUUCCAAACAAAUAAUGAAUUCAAAUUCAUUGAUAAAUAUUGACGAUGAUUCCAAUCGUUCACGCGAUGAAUUUGUUAAAUUAUUAACAAAAGAAGUUUAUACAUCAAAACCGUCAAGUCCAUCAAAAGUUCUUAAUCAUCAUAGACGAUCGUAUGAUAAUGAUGAAUCAAAUAUAAAUAAAAAUCUUUUAUCAACACGAACAGUAACACUUGUAUCAAAUUGUUGUGAAGAUAAUUUAAUUAUUGAAACAAAAAAUAUCGAUGAAAGAAACACAGACGAAGAACCAACUGUUAAACGUAUAAAAAUUACACCAGCUGAUGACAUAGAUUCUCCUAUUAAAGUUAUUGAUGAUCAUGAUUAUCGUAAAGAUCUUGAUGAAAGAAAACGGCAAGCACGAAAAAAGAAAAGAUUACCACAUUCUCGCUCACCUUCAAAAUCAACAAGUUCACGUAAUUCAUCUAUAAGAAAAUCUAAAACACGAUCACCAUCAUCAUCAUCCAGUCGUGCAUCAUCAAUAAGUAACCGUUAUCGGCAACAACAACAACAACAACAAAAAGAAUAUAAAUAUAAAUACAAUCAUUCGUCAGAUAGAUCUUAUCAUAGUUAUCAACGUGAUAUAAGUAGUUCGAAUUCAAUACGUUUGCAAACAUCGCAUCAUCAAAGAUUUAAUUAUAAUCAUCAAUCUGUUGCUGAUCAUCCACGCUUUUCUAACGUUAAUACAGUAUCCAGUCCAAUCAAAAGUCUUAUGGAUGAUUCAUUAAACACAUCGAAUUAUUCACAAUCGAUAACAGAUUAUUCUGAUCGAUCAUCAAUAACAAAUAUUAAUCGAGUUUUGAACUCUUCUUACUGUAAUGAAUUGCCUUCAAACUAUCAACAUUAUCCCGAUGAUCGGAUUAACAAUCCUCCAAAACUACAGCCACUAAUGUCAGCUAGACCAAUAGUAGAUUUUUCUACUUCAUAUGAUACAAAACCAUCGAGCACCAUAGAACGUUUACAAAUGUUUCUUCAAAACCAAAACAGACCAUCCUAUGAACAUGAACAACCAUCAAUACGAGAUUACUCAUCGUCUUCUUCAGUAAUCAAUCCACCUCAAAAUAGUAAUGAUUCUUCUUGGCCUUCUUCAAGGUAUUCAUAG